UCAGAGCAGUGUGGCACACGUAAGUUGGAUGAGAAGCCUGUGAGGCAAAAUCAGAACAAAUUUUCCUACUAUUCCUCAUGUGUUUCACAUGAAUUUCGAAUUUCAAUUUCCACAGAACUCUUUGAACUUGAAGAUACACAGGCAUAUGAAAGAUACCUAAGAGUUAAAAAGGUUACAAAGGGAACGUAAGAUUUUUGUUUGCGACAUACCUGUUUCCUCUGAAGAGUACCAGUUGGAAUCCAAAGAGCAGAAUGAAUUGUUGCUUAUUGCUGACUUUUAUGUUGGGAAUUCCUCUCCUAUGGCCUUUCCUUAUAGCAACAGAAAACUCUGAAACAGAGGAAGUUAAGCCCCCAGAGGGAAUUCAUUUCAGAGUGAAGCGGGGCUGGAUGUGGAACCAGUUUUUUGUCCCAGAGGAAAUGAAUAAGAGUAGUCAUCACAUUGGACAGCUAAGAUCUGAUUUAGACAAUGGAAACAACUCUUUCCAGUACAAGCUUUUGGGAGCUGGAGCUGGAAAUAUUUUUGUCAUUGAUGAAAGAACAGGUGACAUAUACGCUGUACAGAAGCUUGAUAGAGAGGAACAGUCCCUCUACACUCUAAGAGCCCAGGUAAUAGACACCACUACUGGAAGGGCUGUGGAACCUGAGUCUGAGUUUGUCAUCAGAGUUUCGGAUAUCAAUGACAAUGAACCCAAAUUCCUAGAUGAACCUUAUGAGGCCAUUGUACCAGAGAUGUCUCCAGAAGGAACAUUGGUCAUCCAAGUGACAGCAAGUGAUGCUGAUGAUCCUUCAAGUGGCAAUAAUGCUCGUCUCCUGUACAGCUUAUUGCAAGGCCAACCGUAUUUCUCCAUUGAACCAACAACAGGAGUCAUAAGAAUAUCUUCUAAAAUGGAUAGAGAACUUCAAGAUGAGUAUUGGGUAAUUAUUCAAGCCAAAGACAUGAUUGGCCUCCCUGGAGCACUGUCUGGAACCACAAGUGUAUUAGUCAAACUUUCUGAUAUUAAUGACAAUAAACCUAUAUUUAAAGACAGUUUAUACCGCUUGACAGUCUCUGAAUCUGUACCCAUUGGGACAUCUAUAGGAAAAAUCAUGGCAUAUGAUAAUGACAUAGGAGAAAAUGCAGAAAUGGAUUACAGCAUUGAAGAUGACUCAAAAACAUUCGACAUCAUUACUAAUAAUGAGACCCAAGAAGGAAUAGUUAUAUUAAGGAAGAAAGUGGACUUUGAACACCAGAACUAUUAUCAUAUUAGAGCAAAAGUUAAAAAUCGCCAAGUUGAUGAGCAGCUCAGGAUAUACCACUCUGAGGCUUCCACCACUUUCAUCAAGAUCCAGGUGGAAGAUGUUGAUGAACCUCCUGUUUUCCUCCUUCCAUACUACGUAUUUGAAAUAUUUGAAGGAAGCCCACUUGGAUCAUUUGUAGGUGUGGUCUCUGCCAUAGACCCAGAUCAGAGGAACUCUCCUAUAGGGUAUUCUGUUACCAGAAGCAAAAUGUUCAGUAUUGAUGAUAAUGGCACAAUCUUCACAACUAACCCUCUUGAUCGAGAGAUUAGUGCUUGGUAUAAUCUGAGUGUUACAGCCACAGAAAAAUAUGAUGUAGAACAGAUUUCUGGAGUCCCUGUGUAUGUGCAAGUUCUUAAUAUCAAUGAUCAUGCUCCUGAGUUCUCUGAAUACUAUGAAAUCUACGUUUGUGAAAAUGCAGCCUCUGGUCAGGUGAUUCAGACCAUCAGUGCAGUGGAUAGGGAUGAGUCCGUAGAAGAUCACCAUUUUUACUUUAAUCUAUCUAUGGAAGAAAAGAACUCAAGUUUUAUAAUCAUAGAUAAUCAAGAUAACACAGCUGUAAUUUUGACUAAUAGAACUGGUUUUAGCCUUCAAGAAGAGCCUGUCUUCUAUGUAUCCAUCCUAAUCACUGACAAUGGAAUCCCACCAUUGACAAGUACAAACACCCUUACCAUACACAUCUGUGACUGUGAUGACAAUGGAAGCACACAGACCUGCAGUAACAAGGAUCUUAUGCUUUCCAUGGGAUUCAAGGCAGAAGUCAUAAUUGCUAUUCUUAUAUGCAUUAUAAUAAUAUUUGGGUUUAUUUUUUUGAUCCUCGGUCUGAAACAACGAAGAAAAGAGACUCUAUUUCCUGAGAAAGGGGAAGACUUCAGAGAGAAUAUAUUCAGAUACGAUGAUGAGGGUGGAGGAGAGGAAGACACGGAGGCCUUUGACAUCGUGGAGCUGAGGAGCAGCGCUGUCAUGCGCGAACGCAAGGCUCGGAGGACCCCCAGGGCGGAGAUUAGGAGCCUGUGCAGGCAGUCUUUGCAGGUCGGGCCGGAUAGUGCCAUAUUCAGGAAAUUCAUUCUAGAAAAGCUGGAGGAAGCUGACACUGAUCCCUGUGCCCCUCCUUUUGACUCCCUCCAGACCUAUGCUUUUGAGGGAACAGGGUCCUUAGCUGGAUCCCUGAGCUCCUUAGGAUCAGUAGUGUCUGAUCAGGAUGAAAAUUAUGAUUACCUUAAUGAAUUGGGACCUCGCUUUAAGAGAUUAGCAUGUAUGUUUGGUUCUGCUAUGCAGUCAAAUAAUUAGGGCUUUUUUAUUGUUAAUAAGCAUUUUUAAAUGCAGUUGCAUGUUUGGGCAAGCCUUUAGUAACUUGGUAAAGAGUUGUGUACUCCAUUUCUCUGGAACAAGAAAAGCGCCCAAUUUACAGUGUUUUCUGAUUUUCUUGAGUAAAUAUCCCAUGGUUAUUUCAAGCUACCUGUAUAGUGUCACUGAAUGCAGAUAUGGGAAGUGAAGCUAACAAUCAGCUCUCUCUGGUGGCCUCAAAUACUCCUCUGGCAUCCUUUUCAAUAGCAUCCAAUACAAAUUCUCAAAAUUUUUGAAUGUUUAAUCUGAAAAGGGCGCUGAACUAGAUCAUAUUUAUCCACUUAUUUGUUACUCUUACAAAGUGAGAGUAAAGUGUGUGUAUUUCCUGAUACUUCACAGAGGUAAACAUCUAGGAGAAUCUGGGUGAUUAUAUAUAACUUUUAAAAACUAUUUCUUUUCUAUGAAUAAGUAAACUUCUGAGAAUUUGUAAUUCAUUCUAGUUUGGUAUUUUAAAAUUGUUGUCAAGACCACCUUUAAAAACUGAUUUUAUAUUUAGACAUGUUUAGUAUCUGUUAAUUAAUCAAAGAUAUAGUGUAAAUUUGUAUUUCUUUGAUAUAACGGCUGUAUAUAGAAAGUAUAAAUAAUGUUUAGAAGAUUUUUGUUAUUUUCUUAUGUAAUCAAAACAUGUUUUUAUCAUGUCAAUACAAUGACAUAAUGUCAACAUUUACUCGAUAUUAAAUUUAAACUUUAUGAAAA